CCUCUAAUUCAUGACAGAAAAUAGAAAAUGUAAACAACCAUAAAACAAUCAUUUUAUUUUAAUUUAAGUUGACCAUAAAUAAUUUGAAAAUUGGUAAUAGGCCCUAUGCAUCAUAAACUAGCCUUAGUGAUAAUUUAUGAGUUUCGAAUCUAAAAUUAUCGUUAAAGUUAGUCUACUUCAAAAUGAAAGUUGUUAUUCAAAAAGUUACAAGUGCUAGUGUCUCAGUUGGUGAAGAAGUGAUUUCUUCCAUUGGAAGAGGCCUCUGUGUUCUGGUCGGAAUUUCAAAAGAAGAUACUGAAAAAGAAAUUGAUUAUCUUGUAAGGAAGGUGUUAAACAUUCGCCUGUUUGGAGAUGAUGAGCGCAAGUGGGCCUCCAAUGUGGUCGACCAAGGGCUGGAAGUUCUCUGUCUCAGCCAAAUCACGUUGUACACCUCCUUGAAGGGCAACAAGAUGGACUUUCAUAAUGCCAUGUCUCCAUCUCACUCUCAGCCUCUCUACCAACAGUUCCUUGACAAGAUGCGUCAGCAGUACCUUCCAGACAAAGUCAAAGAGGGACGGUUUGGGGCGACAUGUGUUGUAAGUAUCAACAACGAUGGACCAGUCACUGUGAUUUUGGAUUCUCCUCAGUCAAAGAAACAACCCAUUGGUGAUGAUUAGUAUAAUGUUAUUAACUUCUAUGAAAGGCGCCAUGGUUUAUUUCUUUAACAAUAAAUAACCCUUUAAAAAUCAACAAAUUUAGUAUUU